UAAGAUUUUGGUCCUGUGUUGAGCAACAAGGCCCACAUUUCCACCAGGACAAGAGAGGAAAAAAAAAAUCUGCAGCAGUGUCAGCUUUCACUGUUCUCACUUGUGAUAGUAUCAGGUGUACUUUGAACAAGCUUGUGUUUGGUUAAAACUAGCCUUGCGUAGAAUGGGUGGGGUAAUGUGUUUGAACAGACAAGGUGAAGUCUCCUGUUGUGAUACGUGCUCAGGCAAAGAACGGGCAUGAAUGGAAUCUUUUACCUCUCACACUGGAGAGAGCGCACACUAAAGGAUUACCCACUCUUUGGAAAGAACUGAUUUGAAUCUUCAUUAAAACCGCAAUGGAGGCAACCAGUGACACCACAAAAAUCCUUGAGAAGGGUCCUGAAUACCUUAGAAAGCAAAUGGAACUGGAGGGUGAGGCGAAAGGACGCAUGAGCGCCGUGGAAAGGCUCGCUGCAAGCAAACCUAAAUAUGUCAAAAGCCAACAGGUGGUCAACUCAAUUCAGGAGCCAGUGAUCAGUCUUGGAUCAGCCUCUGUGAGCAGCACCGGGUCUUCUAACCGGAGCUCGAACCGUGGUGGAAAUCUUGCCAUAGGGAGCAACUCAACGGACCGUACAUGCGGUGCACAAAGCUGCUCACCAGGGCAGGUGCGUAGGUCCAGCUCCAAAAAACGAGACUCCCUUCUGUUUUACAGACAGAAAUGCGAGUUACUGAGAGGGACAGCAAAUGACCGGAAACACCACAUAACACGUAAGUUGCUGCUCAGCUCUGUGCAAAAAAAUAUUCCGUUACCUGAGGCGGCAGAUAAGGAGUGUGAGUCUGAGGGCAGCAAGGAAGAAAUCACCACACCUGAGGGAACAGCAGAGGAAUGCAGCUCAUGUAUAGUUACCACUCAAUCAGAGAGGAGGAGGAACGGAGUAGCAGAACAACACAACGCAGGAGAUACUGCUCCUGGGACAAAGGUGACAGCUGGUGUGGCUAAUAAAUCUGCUGGUCUCUUGACAGUUCCUGAGUUUGAAAGGAGGUCUGGCAAAGGGGUCAGUCGUUCUCACUCUGACAUCAGCUCCAGGUACUCCAAAAACUUUACAGACUUUGAUGCUUUUUUCAAGUACUGCGGACUGGGCGGUGAGGUCAUUGAGUCUUUGGGGAAGGAGAACUUCUCGGCGCGCUCGGAUGAGAUUGCAAUAAACCUCCGGAGUGUCAGCAUUUCGACAUCGGACGACGGCUUCUCCAGGAACAGCGGUGAAAGCGACGGGCUACUUGAGGACGAGUUACAUGAAAAGAUACGUCAGGGGACGUCAGUUAUUGAGCGCAAUGCAAGGAUUAUCAAAUGGCUGUACAGCUGCAAAAAUGCCAUAGAGACUGGAAAAAAAUUAAGAGACCUUGGAUGAGCCAAUUUAAUUUUUACUCUACAGAGGCCAAAUGCUUAACUUACACCGUUGUACUGAUGAUACAUUUUAUCCAUUUAUCACAUUUUAUUGCAGAAAAUACAUCAAAACACUGUGUGUGUGUCUAUGUGUCAAAGUUAUUACUAUUAAUUAAAACUAAACUAAAAACUAAAACUAGGUGUGAAAAAAACAGACUGGGAUGUUUACAUGACUGUGAGUCAUUGUGUUUGUAUUGUAAUACCUAUUCUGAACUUCUUAAAUCUGGUCCCUGUCAAAUACUAUUUAAUACCCCCAUAUUAUAACAAAAAAACUAAAACUAACACUGAAUUAUUUUUUUUAUUAUUUUUUUUUUAAACUAAACUAAAACUAACUGAAACUAAACUAAAAAUGUAAAACAAACAUAAAAACUAUAUAUAUUAUAUCAUUGUUUCUUUUGGUUUCUGUGAACACUGUAUCUUACUUCUGAGAAAAAGCAUGUUUGCUUCUGUUCAAACUUGCAUGAAAUUGUUCCCUGUAACGUUUGAGGCCACAGGAAAGCCCCACACACCGUGAAACACGAUGUUGACUGUCUUGAAAAUGUGUAUUUACCAAACUGUGCAUUCUUCAUAGAUUUAUCACACAACUACUCAUUUAGAAAAUAUUGUGUUAGAGGUCAAAACUACGUGCAUUUGAAGACACACAAAUCCAGAAGAGUAAAUAGAUUAGAAUUUUAGCUUCAGUGAUAUUCAGCAAAAAUGAUCCACUGACCAAAAAUAUUGAAACACUGAUGUCUGUCCUCAACUGAAGAACUAAUUUCAAACAUAUUAAGUUCAAUUAAUAGUACUUUUAAAAAAAUACUUAAUACUUUUUUAAUUUAUAUAUGGUUAAUAAAUCCUUUAUUCAUGAUCUAAAAGUCAGUUAAAAAACAUUAUAAAGAACAUAUUUUUAGUUGCCAGAUUGUGAAACUUUUUCCUUUGGCUGAGGUUUUGCUAAUACUGUAGUAACAAAUGUUCUUAAUCCAUUAAUAAUAAGUUAGUUAUUAAUAAAUAGAUUUUGGUCCAGAUCCACUGAAAGUUAAGUGUUCAUCCCUAAAAGGGAAUUUUCCCAACCUGGCCACCCAAAAAAUGUCUUAUUACUAAUCUAUACAAUAUCAAUAAAUUAUAUAUUAUCCAUUUAAAAACAGUUACAACUGACAUUUAUAAAAGUUACUAUGAAUAGAAAGUGGUCCCAGUGAAUUCUAGGUAAAGGCUUAUAGCUCAUAUGAUGUUCCACAGCAGGACCUUCAGACCACCACAAGCAUGAAAGUGCCCUUAAAUCAUAAUUUAUGUGACCUGUGUACUCCCCCACUUCUCUAACGGUGAAAGGUGUACAUACGAUCACACACACACACACACACACACACACACACCGCAGUUAGUAUCUUCUUCUAUACUUGUUAUUGCGGUUAAGUUUCUCUUAAUAAAAUUGGUAAAAUCAUUUCAUUUAAACUGCAGCCACACUAGAAACUUGUAGACUGGUUACUGUGUGGUUACUUUCCAACCAAAGAAUCAGUAGGUCCGUGAGUCCUGUGUGAGAGGAAUGUACCUAAUAAUCUGAUAGGCUUAAGUCCAGUGACCCGUUGUAACUGUAUCUCCACUUCCCUCCCAAAUCCCUGUCUGCUUUGUCUAUUCACCACUUUCUCUCUCUUUCUGUCCAACUUUCUGUGCAGAUCAAAGCUCAGAGGUUGUAACACGAGUGGGGGGGGGAAAGCAAAGGACAGACUAUUGUUGACUCCCUGUGUUAAACGAAAUCCAUCAUUCAAUCUGUUUCGUUCUCACGCAGAAGGAAAAAAAAUAUUUGUGUACAGUGCAUGCAAGUAUACACGUCGCUCUGCUGCUGUCAACACACCUUUCGGUUCUCCAGAAUUCACAUCAAAGCAAGUCAUGUCUUGCCCUUUCCACGAUUUUGUUGCCGGGAAGUUAGACGUUGUAUCAUCUUUUUGUUUAGGAUUUAUAUUGUAUAAAAGUGUUACAAUGUUCUCUAAGCUGAAAUACUAACUACUAUUACCAAAACCAGGUUCAAUCUGGGGUUGCUGCUGCCUGUGUAACAUUGUUUUAUACUGAAUUACUGUAAAUUCUGCGAAACUUAUACACAAAUAAAGCUGUUAGUUAUUUUUCUUACAAAUAA